AUGUCCAACGAUUCCAAUCCCGUCCCUAACGCACAAAAAAAUUCAAGCAUUACAAGCAAUGGAAGGACUUCUCGUAACCCUGGAAAGAAUACCCAUAAUUUGCUCAAAAACACCUCUGUGGAUUACAAGUCUGUGUUUGGGGUUGACAAAAAUCGUAAAACCAAAUGUUCUGUAUAUAAUUCUACUCAAAUUGAUAGGGGCUUCGCGGCAAGCCCCGGGGAGCAAGUGCGUUCUCCUGGACCUGGAGGUGCGUUCAGCCUUGCGGUGAAGUCGCCACCAACUUUGAACACCCCCGGGGGUGCUUUUCACAAUAUCUAUUCGAUAAGACCCAAUGUCCCGAGUUCUAGAAGCAAGACACCGUCUCCUGAGUAUGUGGAGUCGGACCCGCGUACCCCAUCACUUAUUCCUAGCAGUGAAGAGGACAAUAGAAGGAAAGGUCGAAGUACAGCCUUCAAAACACCUGCAAUUAGUGGUGGUCUCGAGUUGAAUUGCAAGACCUUUCCAUCGAGACAUGAUGGGAGGAAAAAAGGAAAAGCAAAUUUAACCAGUGACGACUCGAAGAAUAUCGAGGGGUAUUCCUCUAGCACCAGCAAACUGGAGCCCAUCCAAGGCAAUGCCAGGAACUUAGAAAACCCGGAUGCCAAUGCCAUGCCCCCGCUGAUGCCGCCCCUUCUGAACCAGGCCCAGCCGCCGAAAAAGAUGCAAACCCUGUCCGCGAGUGGGGGGAUGGGGGCCUACCGACAGGCCUUCACCGCGCGCAGCCCGAUCAACCCCUCUUCCUCCGUUUCCCUUGGCUGGAGCCAAGGAAGCGGGAAUCGAGGAGGGGGCCUUGGAGGCGGGGCCUCCCACCGCCUCGAUCCGCUCUUAGCGAACAACUCCGAGACGAAGUGGGAGACGCCUUCGCUGCCGAACCUGAAGCGGUCGGCCGUCUCCCGCGGCUCCGUCUCCAACGGCGAGCGAUCCCUUACCCAGGCGAAUUCGGCCGGCGGCCAGUCGAACCCCGGGGAUCUCGAGUUGAGCUGCUCCCUGCUCGAGCAAAGCUGGCUCCCAUACAGCCCUUCCAGCACGAGCAGCAGUGGAAGCGACACCGAGGCCAACGAGGACGACGCCAUCCGACGUUUGGAAUCCGAAUCGACCAAAGACGCCGGCAACGCGGGCACCGAUGACGAGAUCACCACCGUUGUAACGAUUGCCUCGACGACCACCCCGACGGGAACUCCGGUGGGGGGAAGUAAAUCCACCGAGUCUCGUCCGCUUUGCCAGGGGUUUGGCUUUGUGGGCGCGGAUAAGAACCGACCCCGGGCCUCCCCUGUGGUGAAGAUGUCUCCUUGUGUGCAGUUCGUCCGGGAUGGGGUGCCAACCCCGAUGGAGCGCUCCGGGAUGUCGUUCACGACCAGCACCGUCGGCGUCGACGCGGACGAUUCGGAGUCGUCCUGCGUGGUCGCCGUCGGGCGAAGCGCGGCGAGGGGGAGUGUGGGGCGCAAGCGGUCCGAUUUCGUCUCCCCCCGCGCCCUUGAGCACUUCAAGGCUUUGGAUGCGAUCAACACUGAGAAGCCUAGCAGUGGGGGAGAUCCCUACAUGACCUCCGACGGCGGGGGCGCCGCGGCGGCGAUUCGCCGCAGCACGGGCGUCCUAUCGGCGAGGGAGACUUUUUUUUCGUCAUUACCUCGCCUAUCCGACGUCAUCCCGACGGAGAUCACGACGAAGGCGUUGGAGAAGGUGCUGCUUCCUGGUGCGCCGUGCACAUGGCUCACGUGCAUCGCUUUAGCGAUCUCCUACGUCUCUGGCGUUCCCACCACAGUCGAGAAGGUGCUGCGCGUGAACAGCAUUGGCAUGCACUGUGUUUGCCAGCCAGCGGUCACGCUAGCGGAGGAGUACGAUCUGGUGAGUAGUUACCUGCACGCUCGUUUUCACCGCAGCACGACCACCGCCCUCUAUACCGCUCCUGAGGAAUUUCAGGAGGAUGAUGAGGCCAGUAAAUGGUUGAAGCCGGAGGAGCAGAAGCUACUACCGCACUUGCACUGUGAGAUGGCGACCUUCGAUUCCGAGGUCCUUGAUCCCAUUGACGAGAACGAUACCAGCUACGGCAUGGGCGAGCACGCCCCGGUGAUCUCGCUCGCAAACUUUCGAAAGACGCUCGUUAAAUACCUUAGUGAUGGUCGUUCGAUUUACAUUUUUAACUUCGAUCCCUACAUCAUUGAGAUGGACGAGAAGCGACUGCGCAGCAACAUGGCGGAGACCGAGGAGGAGGCUGAGUCCAUCCUCGCGAAUAUGCGCACCAAACCCAACAGCGAAGGGGCCUUUGGCAUUCUGUUAAACUUUAGCGUGGCGAGGAAUACGGCGACGCUGGUGAUUCCACACCUCACGCGCGAGCAGCACCCUAUGCGGAAGUCGAAUGCGGAGGAAUCGGAUCGCUCGCCGCCUGCGCGGGCGAUGGGGACCUGUAAGAGCAGCAGCGGCGAUACCGUCCCGCAUUACUGCCACCUCCUCUCCGCCGAGGAGCUCCAGAAGCGGUUCUCCUCCGUCUUCUCGUACGUCGUCCUCGAGGAGCAUGUGAUCAGCCUGAAUGUCUUGUACGAGGCGGUGCGUCAGCGGGAUUCCUACACCCAGCUUUCCCGCGGCUUUGUGCGCGUGUUUUUCGACCAAAACUUCUCCCCCAGAGUCCCCUCCAUCUUCCCGCUCUUCGUGCUGGAUGGCAGCAGCUCGGCGGGGCUCGUGACGAGCGUCCUGGAUGCUUCGAUCGCGCCGCACCUGCUGGGGUUGGCGAUGAUGCAUCAUCUCACCAUCACCUUUUUGCUAAGCGAUACCGCGCGUCGGAAGCAGAGCAGCCGCUGCCUGCUCAACAAGGCAAACGUGUGCGAUGUGAAGCUUCGCGGGAUCCCACUCACGAAGAUCUUUCAGCAGCUGCGCCUGCCCCUUUCCAUCAUCGUCAGCUCCAGCACGCGUUCGUCGAUCGCGACCGUCUUCGCGUGGUAUCGGAUCUUCUUGCAGAAUUUACAGAUCUCUCAGGAGGUGCGGCUUGGGAUCGUGCUGACGGAGCGCCGUGGGAACUCGGAGGAUGGGCAACCGAACAUCACCGAGGAGCAGUUUCUCUCCCACCUCCGGCUCGUCGUGCAGACGCGGAGUGUGAUGCUCAUUAGCUUCAACAUCAACAUCGCCGUCAACGUCAAACUCAGUGACGGCUCGCAGGCGGCGCACUUUGCGAUCGUCAUCGGCCUCGACGAGGCGCGUGGCGUGAUUCGGCUCGCGGAUGUCAACGUAAAGCGCUUCCGUAAGACCUGGCAUGUGCCCUUUCAUCGCCUUUACAACGCCGUCAUGGGUUAUGGCUACGUCGUCUCCGCGAAGGAGAGCAAGGUGAUUAAAGGGUUGAACUGCAAGCACUUUCAGGCGGAGGUGUUGAAGUGCGGCCGGCACGCCCUUCCCCCGCAGCUGGAGGUCUCCGAGCGGCGGUUUGAGUAUCCCUUGCGGCCCUACGCGGUAACCUUGCUCGCGGACGCGGUUUGGCGGCUCGGCUUCCACGCCGAUGUGGAGCGCUUUUUGAAUUACUCCGGGUUUCACAUUUCUUAUUUCCUCUCGAAACGGAUGCCGCUUGAGGCCGCCGUGCAGGUGGUGCAGAACUACUCCCACUACGCCCUCGACGACGCGCUCUCGGUCGAGGCGACGCAUUUCGACUACCACAAAGGCAACCUCCCGCCCGGGGAGGAGGAUCCAUACCACCCGGUGAACCCCAAACACAAGGUUUGGACGGAGGAGGAUCUGAUGAGGCAGAUUCAAGACGCCCUUGCGAGCCCGAGCACGCGUCGGCUGAUCGUCAACUUCAACCGCUUCAUGCUGCACUCGAACCCGGAGCUGUGGAAUGGGAGCCGGGAUGGCGGGUUUUAUGCGAUGGUGAUGGGGUAUGACGACCGCCAGCGGCUCGUCGCACUCUCCGAUAGCAACCCUUGCUCUUUCUACCGCCACUUCGUGCUACCCUUGGAUUACCUCUUCGAGCUGCUCUGCAGCCAGGACUUGGGGGAGCAGCGGGCGUACGGAAUGCUCUUGCUGAGCCGUGAGCACCCCCAGGAGGGGCUUUAUGAUAACACGAAAGGGUACGAUAUGGCGCAUGCCUUCGUGCAUCACCCGUUUCGCCCGAUCUUCUCCGCCGCCUGCUCUUGCAUGGCGCUGGCCGCAACCGAGAUGAUGAUGAGUAUCAGCAUGCCGACGAUGCUCAACGGCGCCCCUCUCGCCCUCGAUGAUGAGAAGAAGAAGUAUCGACGGUAUAACAACAUCUUCUCCGCCGAGGACUUUUUGUACGCCUUGCCGUCCUUCAAUUUGCACUCUUGGUUGAUGAACACGUCUUCGGUGCUGAGUUCGGACGUGGUGACCUUGGCGAACAUCGCGUUUCAGAAGCUGAACUUACCACUUAAGGUUAUAGACGCGAUGCAUGGGAAGGCUGAGGUGUUAACCGAUCCUGAGGCCUUUAUCGAGGCGUGCUCUGGGAUUAGCGGGCUUUUCACGAUUACCAUCAUUGCCUACGAUACGGAUAUGAUGUACGGCGUGCCGCAUGGCUCCCUUGGUCUGGUGAAUCGCGUGGAGCUGAAUGAGGAGGAUCUGGGCGCGACGACGGUGCAGAUGCUGGAGGGGAAUCCCUGCCUUUGGGGGCCUAUCUGCGAGCGGACGGUGCGGGAGCUGAUGCCCAUGGUGAGCGCCAUCGUCUGCGUUUGCGAAAACAUGGAGGAGGACGGCGAAUGCGGGAGCAGCUUUUAA